UGCGCGCUCUAAAGGUUCCCAUUGGCUGCUGCCUGCCUCCGCCCUCGCGAUGGAGCGCACAAGCCCUUCGCGGAGCUCCGACACACACUGGGCACACCGACCUUGCAUGAGACAAAGAAUACAAGAGUCGGGCAAGGUGCCUGCCGGUGGCGCCACUGGCGGGCACUGCGCUCCGCCGGCGGGCACUGCGCUCCGCCAGGCUGCCACCCUGCACCGCCCAUCCUGUCCUGGGCACCCCGGCUCGCCCUCCCUCCUGAACGAGGGGGUCCUCCCAGCUAGGCUCGGAGGGGCAGCUCCCGCCUGACGCGGUGUCCGCCUCUCUUCUGGUCCCGGAGAGCGACGAGGGCCACCGGCAGUCGACCCUCCUGCUGCAAGGUGCCACCGUUUUGAGCCCAGAUAAACCCGACAGCACAGUGACCUGCCGGGCUCACACGCCCCUUUCCUCUGCUUCCGCUCGCCCCGAGGUCCACGGCAAGGACCCCAGAGGGGCUGCCCGCCGAACGCCUGAAGGACCCCGCUUGGGCUGGCUAGCACGGCGCCUGGUGGUCGAGCCACGCUGCCGGAGGACAGGGUGAGUCCGCACCCGCCCUCCAGCUGGACUGGGGCUCCGAAUAGCCCAGAACUUUGUCCCAGGUACCAGGAGCAGGGGCGCGCGGCUGCAGGUGCCAGGAUACUAUGCUGAGCAAAACAGACCCCCGCUUUCACGGUGCCGACCUUCUAGUGGGGAAGACGGAACAGACGAAAACGUGCAAGGAGCCCUGAGAACGUGUUACAGGAGAAGUGAGCUAGGAUCUAGUAGGUCUGCGGGCAGUGGGAGAGCAGGACCAGGCAGAGGCCCUUGGCAGUGGGAGCACGUGUGCUACCCUCGUGGCUCAGCCGUUGAGAAGUGAGCGGGAGAGCGGGAUGGCCUCGAUCUUGCGAAGCCCUCAGGCUCUGCAGCUCACCCUGGCCCUGAUCAAGCCUGAUGCGGUCGCCCACCCGCUGAUUCUGGAGGCUGUGCACCAGCAGAUCCUGAGCAACAAGCUCCUCAUCGUGCGGAGGAGGGAGCUCGUGUGGCGGAGAGAGGACUGCCGGAGGUUCUACCGGGAGCACGAAGGGCGUUUUUUCUACCAGCGGCUGGUGGAGUUCAUGGCCAGUGGGCCCAUCCGAGCCUACAUCCUCGCCCACAAGGAUGCCAUCCAGCUCUGGAGGACGCUGAUGGGACCCACCAGGGUGUUCCGGGCACGCCACGUGGCCCCAGAUUCAAUUCGUGGGAGUUUCGGCCUCACCGACACCCGCAACACCACCCACGGCUCUGACUCCGUGGCUUCGGCCAGUAGAGAGAUCGCAGCCUUCUUCCCUGACUUCAGCGAGCAGCGCUGGUAUGAGGAGGAGGAGCCCGGGCUGCGCUGCGGCCCCGUGCACUACAGCCCCGAGGGCGGUGUCCACCGCGCAGCCAGCGCAGGGGCCCGAGGCAGGCCUGUCCAUCUGUGAAGUCUGGCGGCACGGCCAAGACUUUCUCCUGAGCCCUCCGGUCCAGAGCGUUCUCCCGAGACCAGGGAGGCCUGGGGCUCCUGGUGCCCUCUCCGCUAGGCACUGCCACCUGCCCGAGUGCCUGGCUCCUCGCCGCCACCACGUCCAGAACCUGACUCUCUGUCUACCUCUCCUUUGGAGCGUUUGUCGGUGGCUCAGAGGAAUAACGCUUCCUCUUUCCUCGGAACACUGUUCAUCCUUUUGUAAGCAGGAGCUUGCCCCCUUGACUCUGCAGGGACUCCCCGUGAGCACCAGAGGGCCGUCUUCCUCAGGGCCAGUCAGCAGUCAAGGCCGGGAGUGCUGCGCCGGUGCCUUCUCUCCAUCCUUAAUGGAGUUACUAGUCAUUAAACCUGCCCGGAAGCCAAGUGUCUCCCUGCGUUCAGUGGAGAAAGAUCGCGUAGAAAUCUCCUGCGAGGCUCACACACACACACAGUGCGGCUUGGGCUGUGCAUGAGGUGCCCAGAGACAGAGCUGCGUGCGGGUUCAAAUCCAGGCUGUGCCUCUGGCAUGGGCUGCGCCCUGGAGGAAGGGGAGGUUUUGGUUUUGAACAAAGGUGUGUCUGCCCAGUAGAGGAAUUUUUUUGUUUUUUCGGCUUUUUUUUUU